AUGGCGGGCGGGGAACAGCUGAUGGUACUAACCUGCCAGUACUCUGCCGAGGAGGACUUCGGCGUCGCUGGAUGUAUGGAGGCCCUCGGGCUGCGGGAGGUGGCGGCGCUCAGUGACGGUCAUGCUGGGAGGGAGUCGCGAGUGUCGCGGGAGACGCAUGGGCCGCGAGAAGGGCGCGUGCGGUCGACGGCGGCGGCAGCGCGAAUGGCGCGCUCGCUACGACACCGGCGCUGUAGGGGCGCGCGUAGACCCGCUACGAACCUCCCGCAUCUACGAUAUACUACACACUACCGACUACCGACUUACCUUUACUAG